AAUGAAUCAUGUGAUCUCUAAUCUAGCUUUGCUUUUUGAUGAUGAAUUGUACAAAAGUGUACGAGCAACUAUUUUUACGCAUUUUCGACCCAAGAGAAUGGAUUUGCUCUCAUUUAGAUUGGAUAAUAUUCUACUGUUGGUUGAUGUUACAUAUUCCAUCAAAGGAGAGCAUACAAUGUCAUUAAUCCAACCUAGAUUGGUACAAAUCCACUCUGGUUGAAUAUGCUAUUAGAAAGAACAUACAACCAGCGAAACGUUACAUCAACACAAUGAUACAUCCACUAAUUGCAGUAUGCCAAAUGCGAUCAAUAGCUGACAAAGUGAAAAAUCUACAAGUUGUGAGCGAAUUAGCAGCUGAGGCCAAACGCAGAUCAGCCACAAUAGCAUUUUUUCCUGAAGCUUGCGAUUUUUUGGCAGAUAAUAAAAAGGAUAUUGUCACCAUGGCUGAACCUUUAACUGGACUGACAGUGACGGCUUAUAAAGAAAUCGCUAUUAAGAAUAAUAUCUGGUUAUCUUUAGGUGGAAUUCACGAAGCUUCAGACAAUGUGGAAAAGAUUUACAAUACGCAUGUAUUGAUAAAUAAUGAAGGAGAACUAGUUGCCAUGUAUAAAAAGUUACACUUGUUUGACAUGGAUAAUAAGGAUACCGGAGUACGUCUGAUGGAAUCGGACUAUGUGCUUAAAGGAAUUGAAAUUGUGCCACCUGUGCCUACACCGAUCGGCAAGCUCGCACUUAGCAUUUGUUACGACAUGCGGUUUCCCGAGUUAUCGAUAAUAUUGCGGAAUAUGGGAGCACAGAUUCUCACAUAUCCAUCAGCAUUCACAUAUGAAACUGGCGCUGCACACUGGGAGGUGAUGCUGCGAGCACGAGCAAUAGAAAAUCAAUGUUAUGUCAUAGCUGCAGCACAAACUGGCGCGCACAACCAAAAAAGAAAAAGCUGGGGUCAUGCCAUGAUUGUGGAUCCUUGGGGUACUAUUAUAGCACAAUGUACGGAUAAAAUGGGUAUAGCUAUGGCAGAAAUUGAUCUCACACUACUGGAAAAAAUUAGGAAAAAUAUGCCGUGCGAACAACACCGCCGUAAUGAUUUAUACUCAAGAAUGGAAUGUCGAAAGUCCACUUAACACGAUUAAAGCGCUGUGAUUGGUUUGUGCACAAUUGGCUCGUGUGCAAUUGAUAUACAUCCUAUUUCAGAUUAUGAUAUCAGAAGUGAGAAAAUACACAAUAAAAUUCUAGCUAGGCGUCUAAGGCAGGGCCCACAUUACAUCGCCUUACUGAUGAAUUUAGUAGUGAGGGACCGAGACGAAACGCCGUGGUCGACCAAAAAGCUUCGAGUCAAGCCUCCUUAGUGGAUACGAAUAUCAUUUUCAUACAGACAUCCACAAUACAAUAAAAACUCUUGCAAAACAUAUUAAAUAUGUUUCAACACACUUACAAUCGAUAGAACCGCUUAUAAAAUAUAUUAAAAAGUC